AUGAGUGACGAUGAGCUUAGUGAUGAUAUGCAAGAGUUAAAUGAACUCAUUGCUGAAUAUCGUGAAAAGGAGCAAGAGGAAGAAACCAACGAACAAGAUGUCGACGAAGAGGAGGAGAAGUCCAAUCAAAACAGUGAAAAUAAAGACGGAAAGAACAAAAACAAUGUGGAAACAAGUGGACCUUUAGAGGUUCCCAUGGAUAAAGUUUUAUUUGGCGAUAAAGAUAAGCUAUUGAAGAAUCUUAAAAGGGCGGUGGGUCAGAAGGCCAAGGCAGAGGAGAGUGAUACACAAUCAGAAGGCGAUGAUGAAGGUGAUGACAAGGAGGACGAGAGUAGUACCGGCAAAAAGAAAAAACGUAAACCAGUAUGGGUUGAUGAAGACGAUGAAGCUAUACAAUUGGGUGACGUGAAAAAGGAAACCAAACACACUGGUCCCUUGGAUCAUUUGAAGCUGGAUAAGACAUAUAAGGAACAUUUGACUGCACGCUUUACCCGUAUUGUCAACCAACCGAAAUGGGCAAAUUUGGAUGAAAAAGAUAAAGCCAAACACUCGGAUGAUGAGGGAGAUGAUGAUGAUCUACUGAGGACAGUGGGUUUUCUCAAUAAACCACCAGAAGGCAUUUUACCGGAUAAACAUAUAAGUGCCAAAAGGAUGAAAGAUGUUAAUCGUGCCACCUAUGCUGAGGGUAACGUAAAUAGUAUACAAUUUCAUCCGACCAGUACGGCCGCCUUGGUGGCAGGUGAUAAGGGUAUAGCUUCCAUUUAUGCCAUCGAUGGUACACAAAAUGAUAAGCUCCAUAAUAUUCACAUACCCAAUUUCCCCAUUAAGUGUGCCCGUCUGUUACCCUGCGGCACAAAGGCUGUGUUCGGUUCAACGUUGCACUAUGCCUAUUUAUAUGACCUAAUGACUGCAAAGGAGACCCGCUAUAGUCUGCGUAAGAAUAGUGGAAAUCUGAAUAAUUUUACAAUAUCUCCUUGCGGUCGUUAUUUGGUAUCGGCCGGACGUUGUGGUGAAAUCCACAUACAAGAAGCCAAAACCUUUGAAAUUAUUGCUUCCCUGAAACAAAACGAUAAUGUUGCUUCCAUUUGUUUCACGAACGAUUCACAGAGACUGAUUGUGAGCAGUGAUUCGGCCAAUGUCUGUGUAUUUUCAAUGAGGCAACAGCGUUUGGAACAUCGAUUCCUCGAUGAUGGUUGUAUUGCCGGCAAGGCAAUGGAUUUGGCACCAAAUCAACGUCUCUUGGCCACCGGCAGUAUGGAAGGUGUUGUCAAUGUUUAUGAUUUUGAAAAUGUUAUGCAAACUCAGACACCGUUGCCCAUAAAAAGUUUUCUCAAUCUAACCACUGCUAUUAGCUGUGUUAAAUUCAAUCAUAGUUCGGAGUUAUUGGGAUUCGCUUCAAGUCGCGUUCCGAAUGCUUUGAAAUUGGCACAUUUCCCAUCCGGUACGGUAUAUGCUAAUUUCCCCGGGUUUAUGCCGAAAAUUGGUAAUGUUAGAUGUAUGGAAUUUUCACCACACUCUGCCUAUUUGGCGAUGGGUAAUAAUAAGGAGUGUCCUCUGUUUAGACUUAAGCAUUUUAAAAAUUAUUAG